AUAUAUAAUCCCCCCUUACGCCACUCCAACUAUUCACAUUGCAUUUUCAUCUUCUUCCUUCACAUUCAUUUUCAUCUCUAACGCUUCUGCUAACUAUUUCACUCCACCAACCGAUCAUGGCCCAACAAGAUUCCAACACCCUUCAACAACCCCUUCUCGAGGCCGAGGAGGAGCAGACGCUGCAGUACUUGGAGUUCGUGCAGGCCGCCUCCUUCCACGCGCUCUUGUACGCCGCCAAACUCUACGCUUACGCUAAGGAGAAUUCUGGCCCCUUGAAGACUGGCGUCGACACCGUCGAGGGCACCGUUAAGACCGUCGUCGGCCCUGUUUAUCACAAAUACCAAGGCGUCCCUGUUGAUGUUCUCAGAUUCGUCGAUCGGAAGAUGGAUGAAUCGAUUUGCAAAGUGCAGAGCCGUGUGCCCCCGGCCCUGAAGCAGGUGUCGACUCAGGCGUUUGAGGCGGCCCAGAAGGCGCCUGCAGUGGCUCGAUCAGUUGUUUCAGAGGUGAAGAACAGUGGAAUGGUGGGAAUUGCAUCAGGAUUGGCACAAACAGUGUAUGCCAAGUAUGAACCUGCUGCCAAGGAUCUUUACAACAAAUACGAGCCUGUGGCCGAGCAGUAUGCUUCCACCACGUGGCGCUCGUUGAACCAGCUGCCGCUGUUCCCUCAGUUUGCGCAGGCUGUUGCUCCCACGGCCAGCUACUAUACCAAGAAAUACAAUGAGGCCGUGCAGCAAGCGGCUGGUAAAGGGUGGCAGGUUGCAUCGCAUCUGCCGUUGGUGCCCACAAAGAAGAUUGCCAAGGUUCUUAGCUCACAAGAAUCGACUCUCACUGUCGAGUGAUCAGGCUCUUUGUGUUAUGGGUUGAUAUGAUUUUCUUUGUUUUUUCAUUGGUUUCUGUUUGUAUGAAGCAAAUUAUGUUGUUUUAGUGGGGUUUAUUAAGUUGGAAUUAAUACCUACUGCAAUGCUGCUUUUGAUUAUGAAUAUACUUUCUGUGAUUUUACUAAA